AUGGGUGUUAAAUCAUCCAAUAUUUUCAUAUGCAUUUUGCAUAUGGAUGAACGAAUUACUGAAUAUAUUUUGAAAAUGACCUUAAAAACUUCGGAACUUGAAAAGCAAAUGAAAACCAAUAUUUGUUCAUUAGAAGGUUUUGCUGAUUUUAAUUUUCAUUCAUCAAGUGUUUUAGUGAAAGAUACAAUCGAAGAAGAAAAUGCUCUCACAGUUAAGGAAUAUUCAUUUAUGUUAUCUGGCGGGCAUUGUAAUAAGCUUUUUGGAUCUUUUGAUAAAGUUUUUGGAUUUUUGAAAGAUUCAAACUCAAAUAUGUAUAAUAUUUGGAAAAAAUACAAAUCAAUUAGACAGUGGUUGUAUUAUACAAAUGAAGAUUUGGAAAAGAAAUCAUUAAAGGAUUGGGAAAAUUUUGAUUCUGAGUUAAAUGAAUGGAGAUUGCUUUUUGUUCUACAAAAAGCUGAUAGUGGAAGAAUAGGAGAUUACAUUCAUAUUGCCACUGCACAUCUUUAUGACUUGCUUUCAACUUAUGGAAGUCUGGUUCCUCUUUCAAAUCAAGGUGUAGAAAGUUCUCAUCAAUUAGAUUGUUUGAUUAUGGAAAGAGGGACAAGUAAGGGUAAAAUGUCUAUUGGUACCAAAAAAGCUCAAGCUGGCUCCUCAAAACCAAACGUGGAAACUGUAUCCAAACCUGCUUCCCAUACUCUUGAGUCUAGUGAUCUUGAUAAUGAGCAAGAACAUAAGGAAUUUAAUUAUGAAUCAUUUAUUAAGAAGACAGAAUCUUGUGACUGGAAUGAUUUAUUCCAAGUUUGUCAAAUCAUGCUGAAGAAACUUAGAAAGUUGUAUUUAUCUUUUACUUGUGAAGAAGUACUAUUUGUCCGGUUAGAAAGAAGGACUGGUAAGGUAAUAAGAAAAGAUUGGACAAGAGACAUUUUAACUAUGUCUCCCAACUUUACUCUGCCUAUCCGAAAACCAACCAAUGUUCUCAUUCAAAAACCAGAUAACAUUAACACUGAAGUGAUAUCUCCACAGCUUGCUCCAUCCCAAGAUGUUCCUAAAAGAACAGUUGAACUCAAACAAUCCCAGGAAUAUGGAUUGGUUGUGAAUGGUGAUGAUGAUGGGUUGAUGAAUGAUGAUGUCUUCUAUUAA